GCAUCCAUCAAUUGAACCUACGAUGGAGAACAAGGAAGAAUUCUACGGAAAGGCAAGGCUCUACUGGGAUGCGGUACCGCCCACGGUCAAUGGCAUGCUAGGCGGCUACGGCUCAGGCAAGGUCCCCCGCGUCGACAUCCAGGGCUCCAUAGCCUUCCUUUCCAAACUCAACGCCCGUCUGCCGUCCCGCAAGUCCGCUGAAAACCACUCCGAGUUCAUAUCAGCAGACUGCGGUGCAGGAAUCGGCCGCGUAACGAAGGGUCUCCUCUCAAAGUACUCGGAUCACGUCGACCUGGUUGAGCCAAUUGAGAAUUUCGCAGAGGAAGCUCGAAGCGGCGCGCUACUGCAAGAAGAGCGGGAUGCGGGAAAGGUCACUGUGAUUCAGAAAGGUCUUGAAGAGUGGACACCAGAAGAGAGUAAAUACAGCCUGAUAUGGGCGCAGUGGUGUCUUGGACAUCUCGAGGAUGAUGACCUCGUGGCUUUCUUCAAGCGGUGUCAGAAGGGGCUGAGGGAGGGAGGAUUGAUUUGCGUCAAGGAGAACAUCACCAUGGGGCAGAACGUCAAAGACGAGGAAGACAGUUCUUGGACGAGAACCAGAGAUUCGCUGUUGACCAUAUUCAAGGACGCCGGAUUGAAGGUCGUGAAAGAAGACUUGCAGCAUGGCUUCCCGCAAGAGCUCUUCCCAGUUCGAAUGUUUGCUCUAUGCUAG